GAACACACACACUCGCACGCGCAGAUGUGUGUACAGUAUUAUCCGUCUCAUCAUUUUCAACCCUCUCUAAUCCACUCCCAUGAUAUUUGGAUCAGAAACAUCUCAGCCUUCGGGGAAAAAGCUUCGCUGGAUGCUGGAAAACACCAGAAGCAUCAUCACCAUCAUCCACAUUGAGCUGCAGCAUGAUCCUGAUGGAUUCUUGAGACAUUUCGAGCGCAAUGGAUGAACGCGACUCGAUUUAACCCGCGCGUAAAAAGAGCCUCGAUAUCCUUCAAAACGGACGGAGUCGUGGAGCAUCGAGGGAAAACCCGGACCAAUCGGGACCGAGAUUACAUGCCCAACAUGGAGAGGGGCAAGCCAGCCACUUACACCGGCGACAAGAAAGCAAAGAUGGCUGCAAAGACCAACAAGAAGUGGGUAAGACUGGCCACGGUGUUCGCCUAUGUUUUAUCCGUGUCUCUAGCCGCGAUCAUCCUGGCCAUCUACUACAGCCUCAUAUGGUCUCCAAACAAGUCAAACAGCACCCCUACCACCUCCACCCCCCCCACCACCGCGAGCAUCAACGGGACGGACAGCAACAGCACGCGGGCGACUCCGGUCCCCGUCAACGCCACCGGCACCAACGCGUCUCUAGAGCCGACGCACGCGUCCCUCUCCAAAGGCGCGCGCUCCCAACCUGCGGAUCUCUACACAUACGCGUCCGGCGACAUCUCACACACCCAGACUGCAGAGAAAACACAGCCUUCCCGGAGAGACCAGACCCUCGCCGGCGGAGACGCGCAGGGACGAGCGCGCCGCGCGACGUCGCUCGAGGACGACUCUAGACAAACUCAGUCAAAUGACCGGCACAUAAAGACCUAAGCGAGGGGUUAAGACUGUUGCUGGUUCACAGGCCGAGACGGACACCGAUGCAUAAAUACCAGAGGCUCCGAUAGUGUUUAACCCUUCAUAUAUAACCGAUUUUAUUUUGCCUUAAAACUCGGCAUCUCCUUGCAGUCGAUAGACUAUUUUGGGAGCGUGCACUUUAAAACUGCAUUGAAUUGUAUAAGAAGCAUUCAUCCGAGGUGAAAACUGACUGUUCAUUGUGCUCAAUACCUUGAUUUGAACAGCCAUGCUUUUUUUGGGGUGGGAAGGGGACAAGCUUUUAAAAUAACUACACUAAAGCUUGCAUGAAUUUCCACCAAACCUGUUAACCAGUUUGGUUUUGUUAGAGGAAAAUGUAUCGAUGCUCAGGUAUGUGCAAAUAUCCAUGUAAAUGUAUUGUUUAGUACUGUACAUACAUGCUCUGGAGACUUUUAGCAUCCCCAUACGAUCAUUUUUACGACAAAUGAUGUACCGUAGGUGUAGAAGACAUCACCGUAAUGGUAAAUAAACAACCUACAACUAUGAA